AUGCGACUCCUCAAUGUAUCGUCAAUGAGGCUCGAGUUCUUCCAGGGCGACUUCUCCAAUGAUCAUUUUACCGGCGAAAUACCACGGUACGCCAUCUUGUCGCAUACCUGGGGAGAUGGCGAGGUCCUGUUCGAAGACAUGGACCACGCGGCAAAGUGGUCCACCAAGAAAGCGAACGAUAAAGUUCGAGGGAGUUGUGACCAGGCAAAGAAGCUAGGACUCAACUACAUCUGGAUCGACACUUGCUGCAUCCAUAAGGAAAGCAGUGCAGAGCUGUCCGAGGCUAUCAACUCGAUGUUCACGUGGUAUUUGAAGGCAUAUGUCUGUUUGGUCUACCUCGAGGAUGCAUUUACAGCCUCUGGCUCAGAUUUCGGCACCUGGGAACAUUGUCGCUGGUUCUCUCGCGGUUGGACAUUACAAGAGCUCAUAGCACCCACGAACGUUGUCUUCUUCAACAAAGACUGGGUUUGUCUUGGAGACCGGUUUUCCAUGGCGACAGCACUGGCAAAUAAAACCGGCAUUGAUGAACGCGUACUGAGGAGUGGCCACUGGGCCAUUCCACCAAAUAUUGAUUAUCACAACAUUAACGACGAGUUCUGUAUUACCUGUCAGCAGGUCACUGGUAUCCGUUCCAUCCUUGCUUCGUACAGCACAUCUACAAAGUUCCGAUGGGCGGCACAUCGGGAGACAACACGAACAGAAGAUUUAUAUUGUGACCACACUAUUCUGCUUCACGAUAGUAACGAUACCACUACAUACAAGGUUCUGGCCGAAACUUUGGAGGGAUUUUCGAGUUUCAACUGGCUGGCAGAACGCAAGACUUUCCAUUUAGACUACUCACCGGGAAGACUGACACUUGAAGUACUAAUGGGCAAACUCCCCAGAUCAAACCAUUCAAGGGCUAGAUUUGUAGCGGUUCUUGACUGUCUUUUAGGGACUGACCCUCUAUGGCGACCCUGCAUUAUCCUGGCCCAAGUUCCUGGUCUUGAUCCUACUUUCUUUCGAAGUUCACCCUAUAUAUACAUUCUCCAAACCAAUGGCGGCAUCUACGAACUUGGUCAGGGACAUCUUCGUCUAUUCGAAUUCAUCGAGGCCAACGAAACGAAGCGGGGGAAGGUCACAAUAAUCGACAAAAUGCAAGACGACAAUAUCGGCGUACCUAAUGCACUUCCAGAUGUGAUUAAACUCUGCCUCAGUUCAUCAAAGUGGUCUAUUCAGGAGACAUUUCCCCAUGCCACAGGCGCUGGCCUAUUUAUGACGGCUGAUAUCGCCGAGUCUUUCGUGUCGUGGUCUGUCGGUAUCGCUGCACUUGGCAAUGAGGAUGGCUUCGGACUUAUCCUCGUAUUUGGGACCCGAUGGAAUGAAGACUGUCUGUGGGCCAAGCUACUCAGUGUGGAGGACCUUGAAACCCUUAUCGUCAUGCCUUACUGUUCGCAGGACGAAUUCGAGAGCGAAGGCUCAGACAAAGUGCCAGCUACACAAUAUGAGCUGGCGAAUUACUUGGUUCGCCGGAUUCCUCAAUCGCCAUCAUUACAGUUGGACAGCUUGUUUAACCGCGUGAAAGAGGCUGGUAACACGAUAGAAAUUGGUGGUGUGAGAGUUUGUGCUACGCUCCAGACUGAAACGUUCUUGGACAGGACCGUGGCAAUGCUGAACGUUGAGUUCAGUGAUGGCUCGCUUCCAAGCAUCGGCCCUAGAUUGAUUGGAGGAAUACCUUGA